GCCAAAAAUAGAAGGGAGAAGAAGAAAGGCUUAUUUGAAGACCAAAAAGGUUCGAUUGAGCAGCCAGGAUAUUCAGUUAAGCAUGAAACAGUAGCUUGUUGGUUCCAAUUGUUCUUUUUCCCCCUCUGAUGGAAGCUUACAAGAGGUGGGUCAGGGCAAAUAAAGACUACGUGCAUUCACUGGAGGCUCUUGCCAAUGGCUUGACAUGGCUUCUUCCAGAACGGUUUUCAGAGUCAGAAAUUGGACCAGAAGCAGUAACUUCAUUUUUGGGCAUAAUCACUGCUGUACAUGAACACAUCAUCGAGACAACUCCAACUCAAAGAAACACUGGGCAGGUUGAGUCCUCUUCCUUCCCAUACUCACUAUGCAUAACUUUGCUUAAGGACUUGGAAACAUUGGUUGAAGUUGCAGCUCAACAAAUUUUUGGUGAUGAUAGAAAAUGGAACUUCAUUGCUGCCACAGAGGCUACCAAGGUGUUAGUUAGGCUAGCUAUAUUUUGGAACAGUGGGUACAAAAUGGUCUUGCACGGUGGAGAGUCUGUAAAUAUUGAGAAGGGACGAGAUGCUUAUAACUCCCAACAGAGGCAAGGGCACUUUGCCAAUCCUGGAAACCUUAAUGGGACUUAUUAUUAUGGUCAGGCCCCAUGGAAUCUUGAAGGAAGGGCACUGUCGGCUUUGAGUAGGUUUGGAGCGAAUGCCAGGAUGUUAUCUGAGCCGACACGGUUGCUUAGGGUUCAACACCAGCAAGCAAUCAUGGAGCCUCCAAUUAAGACAGCUGAGAAACCUAGCCUUUCCAGCAUCUUGUCAGAAAAAGGUGUUUAUGGGGGCUUGUUUCUGAUGGGGGAAGUAAUGUUUAUUGUAAGGCCUCUUGUUUAUGUGUUACUGAUAAGAAAGAAUGGCACUCAGUCUUGGUUUCCAUGGUUUACGUCGCUGGCCAUAGACCUAAUUGCAAAUGGUGUUCUUUCAUAUGUGACUGCAUUGAGGACUAUCAGGAAAGACCCCCUUUUUGAUCUUUCCAACCAAGAGAGGGAUGAGCUAAGGAGGAGGAAGCUUAUGUGGGCUCUUUACCUUAUGAGAGAUCCUUUCUUUAUGAAGUACACACGGAAAAGACUUGACCAUACCCAAAAGCUACUAGAGCCUGUACCUGUCAUAGGGUUUUUUGCAGAAAAACUUAUUGAACUUAGUAUUGGAGCACAGACACGCUACACCUACAUGUCAGGUUCAUGAUGAAAUUUAUUUCUUCUGCAUGAUUUAGAGGUGAAGUAUUCCCAAAUCAGGGAGCAAUAUUUGGAGUUUUUACCAGGAGUAAUACUUCUAGUGCAAAUUGUUGUAUCAAAUGUUGGUUUCCUCGGUAAAACGUACACAAGGUCAAUGUUGUAGUCCCUUGCAUCAACCAAGCACACCACAGUUCUAAUAAACAGUAACUUGUAAUAGUUAAACAGUUUCACAAACAAUUACUUAUAAUACUUCCAUCAAUUAGAAACUGUGGCACAACAAAUUAGUACUUGCUUUGUUA